UUUGUCUGGCUGAUGUCUAAAGCCGUAUAUAUACCACCACCUCGUGGAACAAUCCUUUGAGAAAGAUACUUUGGAAGUAGCAUCACCUUACGAGCCUGAAGCAAAUCGAGUAAGUGCGGCAAAACACGAAAAACUGAAAAGACAGGGAACACGGAAAGAUAAAUGAUCACCACGCAGCACGACACUGCGGACUAAGGGGAUCAGACUUUACGGAAAGAUGAUUUCGAGGUACCAAGUAAUCUGCGCUCUUUUGCUCCUCGGCGCGGUUUUACUGUAUGAAACAAUGGCGCAAGUGGAUGGUUACACACCUGGCGUGGACUAUCCAAUUUACAAUUCGGUGCCGUUCGGACUUACGUUUACCUGUGGAGGAAAGUUACCAGGAUACUAUGCCGAUCCCGAGGCCAGAUGUCAGGUGUGGCAUUGGUGCUUGCCAAGUGGACGUCAGUUUAGUUUCCUUUGCCCGAACGGUACAGUCUUUAGUCAAACCACUCGCGUUUGUGACUGGUGGUUUAAGGUCGACUGCAAUGAUUCACCGAGACUUUACGGCAACAAUGACGAGCUUUACAGAGACGUGAAUGGAAAUAAGAUCUAACAAUUCCUACAUAUUUCUUUUUUAUAUAAAUAGUUGUAUGUACAUUAAUAAACUCUUUUAUAUAUAAGCUUCUCGCGAACGCGUCACGCUAUAUCGCAAGUUUAACUCGUACUUUCUGCGAGGGAAGGUGAAGCUAACUCGCGAAUCCCUAGUUUGCCGAUGCAGGAAAGCAACAAGGAUGCCUGCCUUAUUUAUCGCUGCUAAAUAAAAUAGAGUUUGCGAAAAGGAUUAUAAUUUCUUUUAACGGUUUUAUUAACUAAACGAUUAUGUUUUCACGAAACUGAAAGAAGAGCACUAAUUUUUAACCACACUGUUCCUAGCGCUAUGUUUUGCACAAAAAGAAAUGUUCAUCUAAAUGUAUAUUCAGGAAGAAAUCGUAAAUUAAAAAAUACCAAAUCCCGUUAAACCGAGGAGUUACUUGCAAAAUUAUCGCGACCGAAGAAGCACCGCUCGUGGCAACGGUGUUAAAAUUAAAUUCAUGCUUGGCAAUUUCUUGGCAUGAUUGGACAAUAGAAAGAGCUCGUCGUGACUGACCAGCCGAACCCCACCCUAUCUUUCUCUGUCGGAUACUAACUGCGAUGUUACAGUUUUCCGUUUGCAUUUUGCAUGCGUGUCUCGUUACACGGAACACCCGCACAGCUGUUUACAUCCUCUUUCGUAAUUUCGACCCACGGAUCCAGGAAUACGCUUCAUUUUACAGCUUAUCACGCAAUCGUAUUUUAUGCGAAUACAUCUGAGGAUCGUUAAAUUGCCGCGUUGAUGCAGUUUUAUUGUCAUCGAUUCAUCAGACUCGAUUAUAGAUUCUUCCGCAUAAAAACGCAUUUUUAUAAAAUCCCAAGGAUAACGCGAUUAAACGCCAUUCCGUUAAAUACAAGCGGUAUUAACGGAAUAACUUAACGAUAGUAAAAGUGAUGGGAAAAUUGACCGGUUUCUACUUUUAGUGUGCUAUUUAUGGUGCCCCAUCCGGUCUUGUCGGUUGUAUUCCGACGUAAACUGAGAGGAUAGGAAAAUCGUAAAUUAAUGUAUUAUAUUAAAACUCAAUGAGGUGCAACAAGAUUUAUAUCCAAGUGUGAUAAUUGGAGCGUGGACGGCGCGCAGUUAUGUUUGUCGAAGAUAACGUUGCGCUCUCGCAAUAAGUAAGUCAAAUUAAAUCAUAAAAAUUACUAAGGACGGCAACCUUUCGACGGGCGACACAAGAAACACCUAACUCGAUUUCACGUGCUCGACCUUCCGCGCGAAGAAAGCCGGCGAUUGCGAAUAAGCACAGCGAGUCGCAAUUCGAGCAAAAAGAGGAAAAUGUAGAAAACGAGGAACAAGAAACGCCGUCCUUGGUGGCCGUUGAUAGAGGAAGAAAGGACUCGUCGACUUCUUGAGUGGUCAAGAAAGCGUCGUGGACCUCGUACAGCGGAC